CACUUUUGGUAACAUGCACAUAAGAAACAUACAUUGCAAAAUUACUAUAGGAAAAGUUUUACACUAUUCUUUGAAAAUAUUUGGACUGGCACCUUUUUCGUUGGAUGUCGAGUUUUUAUCAAACAACAAAAAUCAGGUUUCAAGCGAAGCGUUGACAUGUUCUCAAUUGGGCGUUAUCUACAACCUAAUAUUAGCCGUCUUAAUAAUGGUAAUAACUUACUUAACUUUCAAAAUAUCGAACAAAACACAUAUUUUCGGAAGUGGAACUGACUUGGACAUGGCGAUUGAAGCGAUAAAAACAGUAUGGGCUUGUAUUUCCUCUGUUAUUAUUUUAUUUCUAUUCGGUACUCAACAAAAGAAGCUUGUCCAAUGUGGUAAUAUAAUGCUAAUGAUAAGAGAACGUUUGAUAACGAUAAAUGAGACUUUAUACUUGGAAAACAAAUUUCUUUGGAAAAGCAUCACGAAAAUAUCCUUGGUAGUAAUUGUGAUGUACAUACUUAUAAUUGUUACACUGGGCGGCUAUAUAGAUCUCGCAAGAUUGAUCUACGUUAUCGGCGCAACGUUGUGCGACGUGAUCAUUAUUUUUACGGUUAUUGUCUACGGAAUUAAAUUAAAAAUGAUAAAGCAAUUGAUAAAAAUCAUAAAUGCUAAUAUUAAUUCCAUAUCCACGGAAUUCAAUCGAGCGAGUAAUAAUAUCUUGCAAAACAAUGAAAUGAAAAAUGCCCAGAUCAUUUGCGAUAAACUUUCACGUUUACAAAAUUUGCACUUGUUACUCUUCAAUGCAACAGAAGAUUUGACAAAUGUGUAUGCCACCUCGAUACUUCUUUGUACUUUAUACAUAUUUUUAUCAAUUAUACUCAAUUUGUUUUACAUUUUGAAAAAUGUAAUGACUGGAGUUGCAUCGCUCUCAGCUAUCUUGAUUCGUCAUAUUUUUAUUCAAUUUAUUCAUUGCACCUGCUCCCUGAUCAUUUUAACAAACUCCGUCACUGAUUUAGUUUUGGAGAGUAAUAGGACAGGAAAAAUUGUGAGCGAAUGGCUCACCAAACUGAAAAAUUCUCGUGUGGAAAAUGAAGUAACCAAGUUUUUGCUUUACUUGAAAGAGCAUGAGUUGCAAUUUUCUGUAUUCGGGAUAUUUUCAUUGGAUACUUCAAUGUUAUUAUCGAUUACAAGUUCCAUUACAACGUAUUUGGUGAUUCUUUUGCAACUUCAGUUUCAGCAAAACUAAUUAUAGAUUUUUUAACUACGCGUCAUUCUUUGACAAUUUCAGGGUCAAGUUUCAAAGUCAACCGUCUAAUGCGAAUUAAGUCUUGCUAAAUCAAUAGUUUUACGUUGAUCAUUAUUUUUUCAAUUUCAUAUUCCGUUCCACAUGAACGUUCCUUUAUUGAUUUAUUGAUGAAAUAUACUGUUGUCAGAUAACACUACAAAAUUUUUUUGUAAUUUACAUUUGUUAGGUGACUGGUAGUGUAAGAACGCUAAACAUGACUUCCAACUUUAAAACCUAUUUCAAUCCUUUAAUCGACAAUAAUUUCUUCGCAAAAGUUGCUUAUUAUUUUUUUAAAUUAUUCGGUCUUGCUGCGUUUUCAUUAAAUUUGAAGUCCAUUAAAAACAAUGCAUUCGCGCCUUCGCGACUAGGUGAACUGUAUAACAUAAUAUUGACAAGUGAGUUGUUGGUAUCAAGUUACUUUUCCAUCAGGGUAAUCUACGGAACUAAUUCUCCAAUUGAAAGAUCUGAAUGUGAAAUAAAAGUGGAAACAGUAAAAACAGUAUCGGCUUGUGUUUCCUCUAUCAUUAUUUUAUUGGUAUUCGGCAUUAACCAAGAGAAGAUCGUUCAAUGCGGCAAUACAAUUCUAUGUAUCAAAGACCGUUUGCUAACAAUGAAUAGGCCAGUGUACAAUGAGAACAAAUUUCUGCAGAAAAGUAUGACAAAAAUAUUCCUCGUUAUGAUGGUAAUCUAUACUUCAAUAUUACUCACUGUUGAAAGACAGAUUACACAGUUUUUGGCUUAUAUCAUCUAUGCGACUUUGUGUGACAUAAUAACCACCUUAACAGUGCUGCAGUUUGUAUUUAUAUUGAAAAUGAUGGAGAAACUGUGCAAAAUUUUUAAUGGUAAUAUGCGUCAUAUGUGGCAAUGAUGUAUUACCGGGUAAUCUACUGCAGGCAAGUGCAAAAAUUACACGAGAAAAACUUUAUCAUUUACAAACGUUACAUUUGUCGAUGUUCAAUUCAUCGGAAAAUAUUAUAAAUUUUUACGCCAUACCGAUUCUUCUGUGUAUUUUCUAUGAAUUUUUGUCAGUUACUCAGAAUGCCUUUUACACUGUACAACCUAUAGUGACUGAAAUCGUAAAGUUGUCUACUACACAAACUUGCCAUACAUUUUUUCAAUGCGUUCAUGGCACGUUUUUGUUGAUAGUCAUGACAAAGUGCAUUUUUGACGUUAUUGCAGAGAGUAAAAGGACAGGUCGAAUUAUGAGCGAAUGGCUUUCAAGCGAAUUUCCUUCACAAUACCUGAUGCAUUUCCUAAAGUCUAUUAAUUCAACAAAAAGAUGUCAUCUCUUUUUAUCAAAAAAUC